AUGACAUCUCCAGAUGAUGGGCAUGCUGGGCAAGAAACAGACAAAGACGCUGAAUUGGUUGAGGUUGGGGGCAAGAAAGUGAGCAAGACUUCCACGGGAAAGCGUAAGUUUCAUAACAAGUCCAAGACUGGUUGUGACAACUGUAAAAGGAGAAGGGUAAAAUGUGAUGAGGGCAAGCCGUUUUGCAAGAAAUGUACAAAUAUGAAAUUGGAUUGUGUCUACAGUCCCAUACAACCAAGAAGAAGAAAAGAUUCUUCAACCUCAAGAUUUGCUACAGCAGCCCAGGAUGGAAUAGGCAAGAAACACAUGAAUGAUAAUGCUAUCCUAUUACAACAACAGCAACAGCAACAACAGCAACUUCACCAUCAACAAGAACAACAACUUCGUCAACAACAGCAGGUUCAACUGCAGCAACAGUUGUUGCCGCACGUGGGUACUGAUGAACAGGCUAACACUCCCAUUAGUGUUCCUCCAUCUGUAUCCAACAAUAUGGAGACCCUUUUAUUACCGCAUCUGUUAGCCAGCUUAGUUAAUAACAGUAAUAAUAGUACUAGUUGUGGUACGAACGGCGGUGAAGCGCAUAAUAAUCUAAGUCACACAGCCCCAAAUACAAUGAUAAACAACAACCACCCAAACAUGACUAUAUCGGGCACUUCACCAUUGAAUUUACCGAUAACGCCUAGCUUUCAAUCAACGGCCAUGAAUUUAUCAAGCAGCCUUAACGGCUUACUAUCACCGGGUAGGCUAAACUCAGUAACGAGCGGAAUGCAACAGCCACAACUUCCACAACAACAGCCGCAGCAGACGGGAACGCAGUCUCCCUUCAGCAAUAUUCCCUUUGACCAGUUGGCGCACUUGAAUAAAAUGGGACUAAACUUCAAUAUGAAAAGUUUCAAUACAUUGUUUCCGUCUGGUGCUGCAAGUGGAAUGGCCUCCGAGUUCCAAGAGCUGCUUGGUUUAAGCAAAUUUGCUACAUCUAAUAAUAGAGCCAUCAAAGUGAGCACAGCAGAGGAAGCACUGGCAAAUAUGCAACAGGAACAAGAGGAUAAAAAUAAGCAGUUUUCAGAGCAUCCACUGGAUAGUACUAAAGCAGAUAGUAUUAACUCGAGCAGCAACCAGCUCCAGGUAAAUGAAAACAAAGUAAAUGCUUCCGAUAUACUCUCCAAUAACAAAAGCUUGAUAAUCGACAAUACAGGCCUUACAAUGAGCCCUACCCACACGCUAACGAAACCUUCGAUAGAUCAAACAAUCGCAUCUCCUUCGACAGGAGUAUCUAACGGAACUUCAAAGUCAUUAUUAUCCAUAUCGAACAAUAGGGCCGCGUUGGCAAACUCUCCCACCUUAAAGACAUCACCAAUGGGUGACUUGUUAUCGAACUCAGAGACGUUGUCUCCGCGUUCUUCAAAUUCACACACACAACAACAUUCUUCUCCACAUUCAAAUGUUUCAUCAACUUCACAAUUAGUUCCUGAAUUAGUUGGGUUGUCCAGAAAAUCAAACCUGAACCUAAUAGAUCUAAAACUUUUCCAUCACUAUUGUACUGAAGUAUGGCACACUAUAACUGAAGCAGGCAUUUCUGGUCCGGAAGUGUGGAGCACAUACAUUCCUGAUUUGGCUUUUCAUUUCCCCUUCUUGAUGCAUACAAUUCUGGCCUUUAGUGCCACGCAUUUGUCUAGAACUGAAGGCGGCUUGGACAAUUAUGUAUCUAAUCACCGUUUAGAAGCAUUGAGACUAUUAAGAGAGGCCGUCCUAGAAAUCUCAGAUGAGAAUACCGACGCUUUAGUCGCAAGUGCUUUAAUAUUGAUUCUAGAUUCAUUGGCAAAUGCUUCAAGUAGUUCACCAACGGCAUGGAUUUUUCAUGUUAAAGGUGCCGUGACUAUAUUAACUGCGGUAUGGCCCCUAUCGGAAACAUCAAAAUUUUAUAACUUGAUAUCCGUCGACUUGAGUGAUUUGGGAGAAGCCGUGGUAAAUCAAAGUAAUCACAUUAAUGAUGAUGAAACUAAUAACAAUAACGAUAACAGUAACAACAAUACGAUUUCGGAACUGGUAUGCUUUGAUGAAAGUAUAGCAGAUCUAUAUCCCGUAGAAAUUGAUUCACCGUACUUGAUAACUUUAGCAUAUUUGGACAAACUGCAUCGUGAAAAAAAUCAAUUAGAUUUUAUGUUGAGAGUUUUUUCGUUCCCUGCCUUAUUAGAUAGGACCUUCUUAGCAUUGUUAAUGACAGGUGAUCUAGGCGCCAUGAGAAUAAUGAGAUCUUAUUAUACAUUAUUAAGGGGAUACACCACAGAAAUAAAAGAUAAAGUAUGGUUCUUGGACAGCGUAUCACAAGUCUUACCACAAGAUGUUGAUGAGUAUAGUGGGGGUGGUGGUAUGCAUAUGAUGUUAGAUUUCUUGGGGGGCGGAUUACCUUCCAUGACUACUACGAACUUUUCAGCUUUUAUGUAA